AUGAACAUUCAAAAGAUUCUAUUUCUCGUAAUUCUGGUUGUCUUUUUUGCUCUCCCUUCACUACAAACUAUAGACUCCGAUGAAAAAGGUUUCGAAUUAACGAAUUUUGAAAAUAUGAAAGAGAAGAAUCCCUUGAUCGAUAAAAAGCGAAAAAACAACACAAGACUACCGGGGUUUAUGCAAAGAUUCCGGAAUAGGCUUAAGAAAAAUGAGGAAAAAAAAGAAACCCCAGAACCCCCAAAAACCUCAAAAACCUCAAAAACCCCAGAACCCCCAAAAACCUCAAAAACACACGAAGAAGCGGAAAAAAUAAAAGCAGACGAAGAAGACGAAGAAGCAGCUAAAAUAGAAGCAGCUAAAAUAGAAGCAGCUAAAAUAGAAGCGGAAAAAAUAGAAGCAGCUAAAAUAGAAGCGGAAAAAAUAGAAGCAGCUAAAAUAGAAGCAGCUAAAAUAAAAGCAGACGAAGAAGCCAAAAGAAAAGAAGACAAAGAAGACGAAGAAGCUAAAAAAAAAGAAGCCAAAAGAAAAGAAGAAGAAGAAGCAGCUCAAAAACUAGCUGACCAAGUUCAAGAUCAGGCAAGUGGAGCACAAGAAAUGGUUCAAAAAGCUCAAACAAUAGUUCAAUUAGCAAAAGUAUUACAUGAUGGGGAAAAAAAACAAGAACAACUAGAUGAAACAGACAAACUAUUUCAACGAGUUGAAAAUCAAGCAAAUGAAUUAAAAGAACUAGCUCGAAAACUUGGAGAGGAAGCAAAUGAAUUAAAAGAACUAGCUCAAAAGACUGGAGACAAAAAAGUUACAGUACAAAAUCUAGAAGCUACAGUACAAAAUCUAGAUCAAAAAGCUCAAACUCUAGCAGCUGAUGCACAAAAAUUGGUUCUAAAAGUUGCAAACCAAGAAACUAAAUCACAAAAUCUAGAUCAAGAACUUAAUGAUCGAAAAAGUAAAGUAAAAAUGCCUCGAAAGAUUCGAAAAAAAAAAGAUAACAAACAAGCAAUUAACUCAUGCAAACUAGUUAAAAAAGUUCAAGCUCAAUUAAUUAAAGCAUGCAAAAAAGCUGAAAAAAGACAAAUUAUAGCAGCAGCUMAAGCAAAAAAACUAGCCAUAGAUGCACAAAAAGUGGCCGAAAAAGUUGACCAUAAAGACUCAGUUCUGCAAAACGAAGAAGAAAAAGACCUCUCCUUAUCAGUACAAACAAAAUACUUGAACGCCGACACUAUGAAAAAAAUGAAACCACCAACUUUAACCUUAAAAAAGCUUCAAAAAGACCCAAAUUUUAACAUGUAUUCGCUCCUCGAAGAAACCUCAGAAACCUCAGAAACCUCAAAAGCCGCAAAUGUUGAAGAGACUCAAGAACAAGUCAAAAAAAAAAAAGAUCGAAAACUAGCCAAGGAAGAAGCAGCUCAAGCAGUCAAAACAAAAAAACCAGCUGAAAACUCAGAAAACAAUCAAGUUGUCCAAUUGAAUAACAACUAUCAACCUGACCAACCUGACGAAUUCAAAAAGAAAGUCAUGCUAAUCCUUAAAAAGCUCCUAGAAAGUGACGACCCAAAUAUAAGGAUGUUCCUAAACCAAUUAUUUGAUCUCAAAAAUGGUAAUCCAAUCGAAGGCUUAAAAUAUCUAAAAGACAAGCCAAGCUUCGAAGAUUUAACAAACCUAAUAUCUGAAAAACUUGAUCAAGUUUCAGAAGCUCAAAGCGAAGCAGAUAAAGCAUUUCAAAACUACAAAAACCUACUUAACAGAGUAUCAUAUAUAGCAUCAAAAGCAUACGAACAAGCUCGACGAAAAUUCUUGCUAAUAUUUAAAAGAUCCCAAGAAAAAAUAUAUAUACAAUUCGAAGAAGCUACAAAAAAAGCAUGUGAUGCAAAAAAACUAAGUGAAGAAGCUCAACAAAAAUUAAAUAACUUAAUUAACGAAAUUGAAAGGUGUAUAAAAAAUAUAGAUGAAGACAAAAAAGAUGAAAACACCAUUAAAAAUUUAAGUGCCACUUUAACAAAACUUAUAAACUCCGACAACCAAGAAAGAGAGAAAAAAGCACUUCAACUAUAUAAAACCCACCUUGAUGCACAAUCUUGUCAAAAUACUGCAAAUAAAGCCAAAGAAAAUGCAGAUAUCGCAAAGAAAAAUGCUUUAGAAAGCCCAGAAAAUCCAGAUCUUCAACAAAAAGCAAAAGAAGCAGAAGAAAAUUAUUACGAAGCUCAACUUGAGGCAUAUAUGAGAUACCGGUACUUAAUUCUAGAAUUCGAUCAAGUGUAUUUACAGAUUAUAAAGCAAAUUACAUUUAGCAUCUGGGAUGAGUCUUUCUUAAUGUUUAAGACGUGGGGUUUAUCAUGUAUUGUCUAUUUUUGUUUGUUUAAUCCAUUCAGUUAUAGCAAUAUCUUAAUCCCUGUUAUCAAUUAUCUCUCUAUGGAUUUUUGUUGGCUUGAAAAUUAUAUAUCGCUUCAAAAACUCUAUCAAGCAUAUGCGCCAAAAAUUCCUGAGAAAGACUAUCAUUUUUUUAGAGGGUUCCUUGAAGUUUUCCUAGUUUCCCUAGGUCCUAUUAUUAUGGCCUUCAAGCCCAAAAAUCCCAGUGCGCCUGCCCCCGAUCCUAAUCCCCUUGCCGUAGUCCUCGAGGUUAAUGUCGCAGCCCCUGUAGCGAAAUAUACAUUGGCCGAAUUCACAUGCAAAAUUUCUCGUCUAAUCAACUUUUGGUUUUCCUAUUUUGGUUUUUGGUAUAUUGCUAAGCUCGUUGCUGAGAAGCGCUUGAUAUCACAUGUCGAGAAAUUUUUCGGUUAUGAAUCUAUUGAGAGUACCACUUUGAAGCCCUCGAUGUUUAUAUCUGAUUUUCUUUUUUCUUUUUUUACCCUGGUGUUUUUUUAUGAAUGUGAAUACCUACCUGAGAUCGGUUCGUUUCUAAAAGACCUAUUUGGAGUUUCAAAGCCAGAGAAGAGUAAUCUUUUUCUUGAAUUCUUUACAUUCAUAUAUUUUGUCUUUUUGGCGGUUCACCUGAUGUUCAAUAUUGGAUUAAGAAUAGUUUUUGAUUUCAUGUUUUUCCGAAAUUUCUUUUCCGAAGCGAUUCUUAGUAUGAUUUUCUUUUUAGCCUAUUUAUCCUCUUCUGAAUUAUACGAGAUGAUUUCCGAAAUCUCUUUUAAUUUGAUAAAUAGGAUGUUCCCUAAGCAAAAAGAGGAGUAG